AUGUUUUUAUUGUUAUUUGGUAUUUUCUGGGGAGUCUCUCUUUCUGAGCCCCUCAUGCGCAAUUGUGAACCGAUUCGCGUAGAAAUGUGCAUGAUGUGGUAUAAUUCAACUAGUAUGCCCAAUUUGGGAGGUAAUGACAUUCAACAAGAAGCUGAUUUACAACUUCAGUCGUUUUCACCUCUCAUUCAAUACGGCUGCAGUCAAAAUUUAAAACUAUUUUUGUGCUCCGUUUACGUGCCAAUGUGUACUGAAAAAGUUACUAAUCCCAUCGGACCCUGUCGUGGACUUUGUGAGGGUGUUAGAUCGCGGUGUUACCCUGUUCUCCAAGGGUUCGGUUUCCCGUGGCCGGACGCUUUGAAUUGUUCCAGAUUUCCUGAAGUUAAUAACCAUGAACACAUGUGCAUCGAGGGACCUAAAGAUGAAAUUGAUAUUAGGGCUCCUGUUGAUCCAGCUGUGCAGAAAUUUGACUGUGAACUAAGAAAAAACGGAGAGGGAUGUCAACCGGGCUGUAAUUCAAACAAUAUGUUCGAAGAAUCAGAAAAGAAAUUUGCAGAGGUGUGGGUAACUGUAUGGGGUUUCAUUUGCCUUAUAAUAAGCUUAGGAGCAGCAAUGACAUUAACCAUUGGUGGUGGUCGCGUAAAGGCAAGGCCCCUUCUCAGUUUAGCUCUCUGCUACGUUUUGUUAAGCACAGGCUGGGCUUUAAGAAUGUUUUCUGGAAGAAUAACGAUGUCUUGUCCAAAAUCGCCUGAAGAUGGUUUAUCCAACAUUAAUUGUGCUUUCAUCUUCCUCCUUUUGUACUACUUCGGAAUGGCAGCGAAUGCUUGGUGGGUCUGUCUCUGCGCAUGGUGGGUAGCCCGAGUGGGACUUUCAUGGCCCCCAGAAAAAAUGAGAAGUUUGAGUUCAGUUCUCCAUGUAUGUGCAUGGACACUACCUGCAGCUCAAACUGUUGCUGCGCUAGUAAGAAGGGACGUGGACUCCGAUGAUUUAACAGGAACGUGCUACAUUGGCAACCGAAAUUCCACAACCCUGCUUUCUCUGGUACUAAUUCCCUACUUCUUCUACUUUACUUCUGGUACCGUACUUCUCUUCUUGGGUUGUAGCUAUGUGAUGAGAAAACCGAGGUCUCUGGCUGCUGCGCCUCUUACCAAUGCCGCUCCAAGAAAGGAAAGUGAUUUCUUAGGGGCGAUUUGUACAUUAUAUGCCAUUCCUACAUUCUGCGUAAUGGCCAGUGUCUACUAUGAGUAUAACAACAGAGAUAGAUGGCUUGCUGGAGAGAGAAAACCUGCCUUAUGGGCGUUCCUGUUAAAAUACUUCAUGAGUUUGUUCAUUGGAGUAAGCAGCGUAUUCUGGAUUUGGUCGAUGAAAAGUGUAAUGGCCUGGCGAUCAAUUCUAAGACGCCUUGGACCAAGAAAGCAGCUACCUUUAAAAGUGCAAACAAUGCCCCAGGUGAUGCGGUAUAUGCCUGCCCAGACAUUAAGUACGAGUCUGAGCACCACUUCCAAACAUUCUACUAGAACACAUCCACAUAGGAAACCCAGAGUACAUCACCAUAUGCGGUCAGGAAGUGAAACGGUCAUCUGA